CCGCCAGAAAAGAAAAAGAAGAAGAAAUACUUCCUGUGCCCACAUGGAAAAAAAGAAGAAAAAGAAUCAUACUUCAUGUUUGGACACUACCACGGAUGAAACAUUUCAGUGUGGUCUUUACAUCUACGUUAAUAUUUCAUUUUCAUACGUGUACUAAUUCGUCUAAUUACACUUUAUUCAUUCUUCGUGUCAGGAUAAACUCGACUCGUCCCAGUGAGGUUGGAAGCUUGUCAGGCUAGUUAGCUUAGCUUGCUAGCUGCUAACAAAGAGAGGCGGAAGUGAUCAACACAUCGCUAAGCGGAGCUCAAGUGUGAGUGUAAAGUGUUGUGUUUGUGUAAAAAUGUGUGAAAGAAGGAUAGCAGGGUUCGAGGAUGAACUUUGUCGUAAAAAAGAGGAGAAGGAGCGACAACGUCAACUACUGGAUGCAGUUUUCAAGAAGCCUCAAGUUGUGUUACACAGAACAGAUGUCCCGCACCUGAUUGGAUGUCAGCAAGAAAGUCUCACUAUGUCGCAGGGAAAAAACUCAGGGGGGGAACAGCCCCAUUGUUUUAAAGAGAAAGAGGAGGAGCCACGGCGCCAACACAAUAAGGAGGAAUACAAGGAGCCACAAACUUGUCACGUAAAACAGGAAGAGGAGUAUCCACAACCCAAUCACUUUAUAGAGGAAGAGGAGGGAGAUUGUCUUCUAGGGCAGGAGGAGGCGGAUCUCACCAAGUUUCCACUGACUGUUGUCUCUGUGAAGACUGAAGACCAUGAAGGCAAACCACCUGAGUCCUCACAGCUUCAUCACAGUCCAAACGUCCAGAAGCUGAUUGGUUAUCAAGAAGAAUCUCCCUUUCUGUUGCUGGAAGGAAGCUCACCUUUGAAGCAGGAGGAUCCUCAUCCCCCCCACAUUAAAGAGGAAGAGGAGAAUGUCUGGAUCACUCAGGAAAGAGAGUGUCUUCUAGGGCAGGAGGAGGCUGAUCUCACCAAGUUUCCACUGACUGUUGUCUCUGUGAAGACUGAAGACCAUGAAGACAAACCACCUGAGUCCUCACAGCUUCAUCACAGUCCAAGUGUCCAGCAGCUGACUGGUCAUCAGAAAGAACCUCUUUCUCAGUUGCUGGAAGUGAGCUCCCUUUUGAAGCAGGAGGAGCCACAGCCCCCCGCCAUUAAAGAGGAAGAGGAGGAAUUCUGGAUCACCCAGGAGCAAGCUUGCCUUCUAGGGCAGGAGGAGGCUGAUCUCACCAAGUUUCCACUGACUGUUGUCUCUGUGAAGACUGAAGACCAUGAAGACAAACCACUUGAGUCCUCACAGCUUCAUCACAGUCCAAGUGAGGAGAAGAGAGAGGUGGAGCCUCCAAGCAGCAGCUCACCACAACACAUGACAACAGAAGAUGAUGGAGACUACAGUGGAGGAUCACAAGUAGACAACCUCCUAGCUCCACUAUCAGAUAGUGACGACUCAACAUCGCACGUUGAUGUAAAUAUGGAAGGGAAAAAGUGUUCAGUUUGCGAUAAAAGAUUAUCUCACAAGCAUAAUUUGCAAAGACACAUGAGAACACAUACAGGAGAAAAACCUUUCAGUUGUUCAGUUUGCGGUAAAAUAUUCUCCGAAAAACAUUGUAUGCAACGACACAUGAGAACGCAUUCGAAAGAAAAACCUUUCAGUUGUUCGGUUUGCAGUAAAACAUUCUCCGAAAAACUUUAUAUGCAAAGACACAUGGGCACGCACAUACAAGAAAAACCUUUCAUUUGCUCAAACUGUGGCAAAAGGUUUUCUCAAAGGGGAAUGAUGCUGUCGCAUAUGAGAACGCACACAGGAAAACCUUUCAGUUGUUCAGUUUGCUGUAAAAGAUUAUCUAAUGAACAUAAUAUGCUAAGACACAUGAGAACACACACAGGUGAAAAACCUUUUAUUUGUUCAGUUUGUCCAAAAGGCUUUGUCACAAACUCUGACUUGACUCGACACAUGCGAACUCACACCGGGGAAAAACCUUUUAUUUGCUCAAACUGUGGCAAAAAGUUUGCUCAAAGGGGAAUGAUGUUGUUGCAUAUGAGAACACACACAGGAGAAAAACCUUUUAGUUGUUCUGUGUGCGGUAAACAAUUUUCUCAAAAGAGAUUAAUGCAGUUACACAUGGGAAUGCACACAGGAGAAAAACCUUUUAUUUGUUCAGUUUGCGCUAAAGGCUUUGGUACAAGCUCUGAUUUGACUCGACACAUGGGAACUCACACUGAAGAAAAACCUUUCAUUUGUCCAGACUGUGGUAAAAGGUUUUCUCAAAUGAGAAUUAUGGUGUUGCACAUGAGAACACAUACAGGAGAAAAACCCUUCAGUUGUGCAGUGUGCGGUCAAAGAUACGCUGCAAAACAUAUCAUGCAAAGACACAUGAGAUCACAUACAGGAGAAAAACCUUUCAGUUGUUCAGUUUGCGGCAAAAUAUUCUCGGAAAAAGGUUACAUGCAAAGACAUAUGAGAACACAUACAGGUGAAAAGCCUUAUAUUUGUUCAGUCUGUGCAAAAGGCUUUGUUAAAAAUUCUGAUUUGACUCGACACAUGCGGACACACACGGGAGAAAAACCUUUCAUUUGUUCAAACUGUGGCAAAAAGUUUUCUCUAAAGGGAACAAUGCUGUCACAUAUGAGAACACACACCGGAGAAAAACCUUUCAGUUGUUUAGAGUGUGGUCAACACUUUUCUCGAAGGGGAAUGAUGCUGUCACAUAUGAGAACACACGCAGAAAACCUGUCUGUUGUAUAGUGUGUGGUAAAAGAUACACCGACAAACAUAUAAUACAAAGACACAUGAGAGCAGGCACAGGAGAAUAACUUUUCCACUUUGGAAGUCCUCUUUGAAUGGAUUCCUGCUGAGUCACUAAUGGUCUACUGCUGUGUUCCAGUUCUUGAGCACGAUUCAGCCUGGACGUAGCCAGCUCUCCUCAAGAUAUGAAUGACAUAACGCUAUCAAGUUUCUUUUAGGAACUGGUAAGAAAUAUAUCAGUAAAUGGUUUGUAAUGUGUAUGUAUUUGUUAUGUGUAAUGUUAGA